AUGACCGAUGACUCCAAGGAUGAGAUUGUGCCCGAGGAUCAGGAAACAUCUAAUAUGAUUGAGGAACCAAAAAUGGUAGCUAUUAGUUUUCACGCCCUCACGGGGCAACGCAGUCCUAGUACAAUUCGACUGCAUGGGAAUAUUGGGGGCCAAUCGAUAGAGGUGCUCAUUGGUAAUGGGGAUACUUUGAAUUGUUCAGAAGUGUGCUCGGGGUUUGCCUUGGAGUUAGAUGGUCAUUCCUUCUCUAUUGAUUUGUUUGUUCUUCUAAUCCAUGGGGUCGAUGUGCCAUGCCUUGACCUUGCAAGGUUGCCUCCUCAAUGGCCUCAUGAUCAUCACAUUCCACUCCGACCAAGUGUUGAGCCAGUUAGCAUGUGCCCUUAUCGUUACCCUCACUUCCAGAAAAGGGGAGUUGGAGCAUAUGGCACAGCGGUUGAGCUGGAUCCUUCCAAGAUUCAAGCCAUGACAAGUUGGCCGACUCCGGCUAAUGUUCGCCAGUUGAGGGGAUUUUUGGGUUUGAUAAGGUAUUAUCGAUGGUUUGUGUGUGGGUAUGCUCCCAUUGCAGCGUUGCUAACGUCCCUCUUACAAAAAGAUAAAUUUUGUUGGACUAUGGAAGCACGACAAGCAUUUAACAACCUGAAGCUUGCCAUGAUUGAGGCACCUGUACUUGCCUUGCCGAAUUUUGCUGAGACUAUUGUGAUUGAAAUUGAUGCCUCCAGGCAAGGUAUUGGGGCAGUACUCAUGCAGCACAAGCAUCCCAUUGCCUAUUUUAGUAAGAAGUUAUCUUCAUGGAUGCAACUUGCCUCUGCGUAUGCUAGGGAAUUAUGUGUUGUUACUGAAGCAGUUAUGCGCUGGCGCCAAUAUUUGUUGGGUCGCAAGUUUAUCAUAUUGAGUUAUAAGUGGGGAAAGGACAACAUCGCAACCGAUGCCUUUUCGUGCCAAUUUGUUGAUGAACUACCUCCAGUUGAGCAGUCUUUUUUAGCCUUGUCAGUUCCUACUUUUAAAAUUUUACAAAACAUCCGUGACUAUCUAGUGACAGAUGCUCAUUGUGCGGCUUUAUUGGCCGAUUUUCACAGUAGCUCCACAUGGCCUCCUGGUUAUAGUCUUGGCAAAGAUGUUAAGGAUUUCAUUCAAGGUUGUCAUGUGUAUAAUCAGGCCAAAUACCAAGCUCGCUCUUUUGGGGGCCUUCUGCAACCCUUGCCUAUACCAGCUCAGAUUUGGGAGGAGGUAGCUCUCGAUUUUAUCAUGGGGUUGCCUUUGUCAUCCGGGUUUUCGGUCAUCAUGGGGGUGGUAGAUCGCCUGACCAAAUAUGCGCAUUUUGGACCCCUUCGCCUGGGUUUACGAUAUCCAAAGUUGCUGCUUUUGUUUGUUCACUUAGUCUAUAAAAUCCACAGCUUACCUAAGACAAUUCUCAAUGAUCGGGACCUUGUCUUUUUGAGCAACUUUUGGCGGGAAUUGUUUCAGCUUAGUGGCACCACCCUCCUCCACAAUUCAGCUUAUCAUCAGCGAAAGAACGGCCAAACAGAGUGGGUUUGCAAAGUUGCUUACAAGUUGGCCUUUCCGGAAGGGUCCAAAAUACACCCCGUAUUUCAUGUGUCUUUGCUGAAACCGUGUUCGGCUUUUCUGACAGUCACACCCUUGCAAUUACCUCCUUUGGUCUACCGAGAUCAGCCACACAUCACUCCCCUUGCUAUGCUUGGCCUCCGAAUUGUGUCGCAUGAGGGAGUUGACGUGCCGCAACUGUUAGUUCAAUGGCACGGCUUACCACUAGAGGGCACCUCUUGGGAGGAUGGUACGACAUUUGAGGCCAUCUACGAGAAGUUGUCUCACAACCUUGAGGACAUGGUUGAAGUGGAAUAG